CUUCGCCUCAGAAGCAGAUGACUGACGCAUUGGAUCAAGGCCAGCCUUCGACAAUUCCGACUCAACAUUCAAUGGCCGCCGCUGCGAAUCGGCCCCACCUCGCGCCUCUGCGACAAGCACCGUUGGCUACUUCCUUCGAACAAACUACUACUCUCCAGACAGGCCUUGUAGAUCAGCUUUUCCUGAACUUCGACCCAAAGAAGCAUCUUGCGUUCAAGAAGGAUCCGACGGUUCUGACCAUGAAGGACAUUGGCUUCGCGGACAACGUCGGUGUUUCCCCAGUCGCCGUGACGCAGCCGUUCCCGCUCUUCUCCCCUGAAGCUAUUCAAAUCAUGCGAUUCGAGAUAUCCAAGCCUGAAGUCACCGAGAACCAUGCCUUCAGCAGCAAUAUCGCAGCUGCCCAGCUCCGUGGGUACGCUCGGGACCACGCCCCCUUCACGUACGCAGCCUGGAAUCACCCCGAGACUAUUGCCAUUGUCUCGAAGCUGGCUGGCGUGGACCUGAUCCCGUGGGGCGACUACGAGAUCGCACACAUCAACUUGUCUGUCAAGUCCGAGGACGAGGCCAAGGCGGAGCUGAAUCUUAUUCAUCAGCGCAAGCGUGUCCGUGCUGACGAAGGCGUGGACAUGGGCUCCUCCGAGGACGACAAGCCCAUCGUCGGGUGGCAUACAGAUUCGUACCCGUUCGUAUGUGUCCUGAUGAUGUCUGACUGCACUGAUAUGGUCGGGGGCGAGACUGCGCUUCGCACCGCAAACGGCGAGGUCAUUCGAGUUCGCGGUCCUUCAGAGGGUUGCGCUGUCAUUUUACAAGGUCGUUACAUCACGCACCAGGCCCUACGCGCACUUGGUGCGAAGGAGCGUAUCACUGCCGUGACCUCCUGGCGUCCACGCUCGCCUUUUGUCAAGGACGACACCGUGUUGCGCACCGUUCGCCCGGUCUCUGAUCUGAACGAGCUCUACUGCGACUUCGCCGAAUACCGACUCGAGAUUAUGGAACAGCGAUGCCGUCGUGCACGUGAGGAGAUGCGCGCCCGUCGUCAGAAGGGCGAGAAGUUCGACACGGUUGGCCACAAGUCGUUCCUCGCCGAGUCAUCUGCCUUUCUACAACACACCAACCAAGAGCUUUUCGAGGAGAGCAAGGUUCACAAGGGCUCCAUAGAGACGGUCGACCUUCCGGACGUCGUCGUGGCCAAUGACCAAGAGGCCUCUCCUGCGAAGCGUGUCUGCGCCGACUAGGCCAGUUCUCACAUGCACUUUGUCAACAUGGGUGGCUUCCCACGAAGGACUAGCCUGGCCUAGACCAUACUUGUAGAAGCUUGGAAAAGGCAUGCUUAGCUUGAUGAUAUCUCUUUAUUUCCUUGAUCAACAAAUGGGGGCCAUAGUUUUGUCUUUGAUGGCGCAUUCUCCAGAUCACUCUACUCGACUCCGUAGGUUGACUACUCUUAUAGACAGACUGUAUACAAAGACGUGAGAGUGCUACCCUGACGUAGCAAGGUUGAUAAGAUUGAAAUUGUAAAAUUCAACCUCUUGG